AUGGUGCCUCCUACCGGCACCACUGGAGCUUUCCAGGCCGGUGUUGAUGCUGUCGACAAAGAUGUCGUUGAUCGGGGGUUCCUAACCAUGGAAGAUGCUGAACGUUUCAUAUCUACGUUUAAAACUGGUAUGACCGAACAUUUUCCGUUCGUCCUGAUUCCGCCGCACGUAAUGGCGGAGCAACUUCGCCGGGAGAGGCCAUUUCUCUUUCUAGCUACCAUCUCGUCGGCAUCCUACACGGACAUGCCGCUGCAGCGAAAGUUGGGACAGGAAGUCAAGGCAGCUAUUGCCACCCGAAUGAUCACCAAUGGAGAGGAUUGCUGGUUUACCUGGCUUGGUAAUUACCAUCAUUUCAAACACAAGUACGCAAAAUUUGAGAGAAGCACGGAACCAACAAUUGUUGCUAGGUGCCACUACCACACGCGGCCGCAUCGCUAUACCCAAUUCCUCCAAUUAGCCAUUGCCCUCAUCAUCGAGCUACGAUUGGAUCGGCCACCGCUGACGAAGACGUGGAAAACGGGGAUCCGAUUCACAUCGAACUACGACCCAGACGACAUCACGUACACUCGACCGUCAUUAGGCCGUGAUGAACAGAGAGCUGUUGCAGGUUGCUAUUAUCUCUCCUCGACGAUCUCUGGGCUUUUGCAGAAACCGUCUACCUUUCCUCAUACCGCUUACCUCGAAGAGUGUUGCAAAUCUCUUUACGAUGCGGCUGAAUAUCCGUCUGACAAAUCUAUCCUCCACAUUGUCCAGCUCCAGCUCAUUGCAGAGAAGAUUGAUCGUAUAUCCCUUCGACAUGGGAUGGAGUUGGCGAACCCUGGCUCGGCGAUGGAGCUUUAUGUCCAGAGUUUGAAAGCUGAACUGGAGGCCUUCCGUGGCCGGUCGGGCUUUAGUUUAGAUGAGGCAUCGCUCAUUGCCCUUCAGUUUCACGCCACUGAGCUUUCUCUAUACCAGCUGACCUUACUGGAAAAGGCCGGGAAGCAACCUAAACCUACACAGACGGCGGUCUCGGACGAAAUGCUAUGUGCGGGCCAUAUUGCGGCACAAUCGAUUCUUAAGCUGUAUCUUUCACUACCGCCUCACUCUGAAACCGCAUUUAACAACACUGAAUGGGUGCAGAUCGGGUUUGCUUUGAUCGUCACAUGUAGACAAACCGGCACAACCUCUACGACACAAAUGACUCCAGCCCUAGUCCGGCACAAGGAAUCGUUCUCGAAUAUUUUGAUGCAGCUAAAAGCGCGCGUAUCAGAGCUAUCCACUGAUCUAGUCGACUUGAAUGGAGACAGGGACAUUUUCUCAAACUUUGCCGAUCGUGUUACCCGCCUUCAAGCUUGGUUUGACGAACGGCUUGCAAAGGAUCCUUCUCUCAUUGAAGAACCACGAACCACAGAUCCCUCCAGCCCAGACGAGCAACGGUUAGCGGAUGACUCGAGCGUUUUACAUGACUUUUUACCUUCCGACUUAUUUACCAGCAUGGUGAACGAUUACCAUUCAAUGGAGGAGAGUUUCACUAUAGAUCAAAUGUUGAAUGACUGGAUGUGA